AUGCCUGGUAAUUCAGUAAACCCAACUUCACCCACUUUUUCUGAAGUAUUGGAAAUAAUUAUUAAAUCUUCUUGGUUAAACUGGCUAUUAGUAUUUUUUCCACUGGGUAUCCUGGCUGAUUUUUUAUUCCAUUGGACAGGGCUAGUCACUUUUGCUUUAAAUAUUCUGGCGAUUAUCCUUUUGGCAAGUUUACUAAAUCUUGCUACUGAAGAAAUAUGUAAUCAAAAAGGAGGUUCUAUUGCUGGAAUAUUAGGCACUGCUUUUGGUAAUGUGGUCGAAUUAAUAAUCUCAAUUUUCGCGCUAAUUCAUGGGGAAAUAGAGGUCGUCCAAGCUUCCAUGUUAGGGAAAUUUUAG